CGAUACGACAGUGUACACCAUGAAUAUUGGAACGCUUCAAAUAUGGCUGAUAGUUGGUACUCUCCUUUCACUACUCUACCCAACCAACGGAACACCCUGCCUGGGAACCGCAUGCCCUGACUUUGACAUUGGAAAAGCUGUCCAAAGGGCACUAUCGCAAACAGCUAAAGCUUUUGGUGACGCGACUGGAACUGUUCACGAUACUGUGACACAUAUUCGUGAUUCGGUCUAUUCCGGCAUUUUAUCUAUUCCGAGACUAUUUGGUUUCGUUCCCAAUGGAAUUGAAAAUAAAAUUUUCAUUAAGUCUUCGUAUAUGAACACUGAAUUUGGUAAUGCAUAAAUGAAUGUUUAUAGCUGAAUGCAUGCCGCAUACCUGACUUAAUAAAGGCAAAUGUUUGAGUAAUA